AUGCCAGCCGUCGCUAACACAACAACGAAUGUGUUGAUGAACAACCACACGUUCUCAGCUGAUCUUUUCUCUUUUCGGCCGUCUCAAGAUAUCAUCAGCAACGAAGUUUUGUAUCUUCUAGAACAAAUCAUCGAUAUAGGUUUGUGCCUGACAUUAUCUAUCACAGGGAUUUUGACCAAUGGACUGGUCAUCGCCGUCUUCACUCGGCAAGGUCGCAAUGACAGUGUCAUCAAAUCACUAACAGCUAUCGCCUGGUGUGACCUCCUCAUAUGUGUCUUUAGCUUCCUGCACCGCAUGCACGGAUUUCUGCACCUCAUCUCCCCCGCUGUGGCAUUCAGUUGGAAGAACAUCUCCACGCUCACAACCCUGAGUCUGGCUGUGUACAUCUCUGAGGUGUCCUCAGGUCUAGCUGCCUGCGUGGCGGCAGAACGCUGCUUCUGCGUCUCGUUUCCUUUCAAAGCCAAGCAAUUCGUCUCACCUCGUCACACCGUUAUCGUUUUGGUCUUCAUCGCCGUCGUCAUCUUCACGCUGUUCCUCCCAUACCAUUGUACGUGGCGACUGAAGGUCUCUUACAGCGCUGUGUACGGCCAAAACGUCGUAUUCUUAAUCAUCGAUCCGUCGGCUGGGUUAUUGCGAUUGCAGUACGACCUUACCGCAUCUGUGUGGUCCGUCUUUUUCUUUCUGAUCAUGGUGUUCUCCACCGUGAUCAUCAUGAUUCAUCUCAAACGAUCCACCAAAUUUCGAUCUGGCUCACAGGGCCCUUCGAUCAAGGUCGACAACCGCGCCUCAGCGACAGAGAGGAAAGUGGAGAAGAUGCUGGUGACGUUAAUCCUUGUCUACAUAGGCCUCGUGUACAUCCCACGGUUUCUGCACCACUCAUGCCGUGUUUUGUUCCCGGGUUUUUACGCCUUCCAGAAACACCACAAUGUCUAUUACGCUGUCAACUAUUUCUUCUACGUUUUCUAUCUGUCCAAUUCCGUUAUUAACUUCUUCAUCUACAUGAAAAUGAACUCAGAUUUUAGGGAAACGUUCUGCAAUCAUUUCUGGCCUUGUUCUUGA